AGAAUGAUAAGACCAGCUUCGACUGGCGUAGCGCAAUCUUAGAUUACCUGGAGCAAUAUCUGAUUACAAUUAGCCACAGGUACAGAGCAACACUGCGCGACAUUACAAAGCGCACCAGGAUUAUUUACCUGGUUCUGGAAAAUGAGAAGGGACUACAGAGUAAUACGUGGCUUGACUUGGACAUGGCUGGCAUCGUGGAUUAUCCAGUCUCAGGUCAAUCCAGUUUCAUCGAUGAUAUUUUGGACCGCAUAUGUGGAGCUGCGCUACUUGAGGCCAGGGACGAACCAAACGAUGAUCAGUGUGUGUGAUUGUGGAAUGUAUGGGUCAGAAUCACCUUUGAAACAGGCCUUGGGAUUUGUGGUGCUCCCAAAUUCAGAUUCACUGGCCUGCCAACCAAAUACCACAUUCACCAUUAAGCAAGAGCCAUGGAUAGCGCUCAUCAAAAGAGGCAACUGUACCCAUGCUGAGAAAAUUCAAGCCGCACAGCGAGAAGGAGCAUCGGCCGUAGUUAUUUACAAUGUUGAUGGGACUGGAAAUGGGACAAACAGUAUGUCUCAUGCAGGAACUGGGGACAUAGUAGCAAUCAUGACUGGAAAUCUCCUGGGCAGACACAUCACAGACCUGAUUGAGAAUGGGAUUGAAGUGUAUAUGAGAAUAACAGUGGCAAGCCGACAUGGGCCCUGGAACCCUUUUUGGAUUUACAUCACGUCUUUCGUCUUCUUUGGUAUAACAGCCAUCAUACUGGGCUACUUCAUCUUUAUAGUGAUUAGCCGGUUCUACCAAAACCAUCAGCUUCGGAUCCAGCAGAGAAAGCUUAAAAAAGUGGCCCAGAAAGUCGUCGCCAAAUUAGAAGUUCGGACACUCCGGCGAACUGAUCCGGAAGUUGAAGCAGAAGAGAGUAGCUGUGUUGUUUGCUUAGAUUCCUUCAUGAGGUGUGACGUCGUGACAACUCUGCCUUGCAGCCAUUUUUUCCACAAAACAUGCAUUGAGCCAUGGUUACUGGAACACCACACCUGUCCAAUGUGUAAAUAUGAUAUUCUGAUAGGAGAGGAUGCUCUGAAACCUGGUCAGGAAUCCUCCGUACCACCAGAAGAUGUCAGAUUUUAUCCAAGCACUGUAUCAGGUUUAAUGGCCAACUCAAGAGGAGUGCUCACAUCUCCACAGCAGCAAGGAGAAGCCAGGCUAAGCUUAAACACCCAGACUACUGAAUCUGCGGAAGAGCAAAACACCAGCAGAAUGGAUCACAUGUAUAUGAACCCAGCAUUUGAAGAGGAACAGCAGAUCUCUGACCAUCAGGACCCUGACUGUCAGUCACAUCAAGUGUAGAAUUUGCCUGCGAUUUCUUAAAUUGAAGUGUAUUUUCUAUUCUCUAAGAUGACUCUAAAGGUUCAUCGUGUACCAUGUACAGAAAGUAGAUCUCUUUAAACAAGUAGUAAUAACAAUCAGCCAUAUCACCAUGGUUUGCAUGUAUAUGAAUUAUAAGAAUAAAAAAAACACACACAAAGUCCUGAAGAUCUUUAGAUAAGGGACGGUGCUGUAAAGGUCUUAAUUUAGAAAAUUUAGCACAGUAGACUUCGGUGAUUUUUAGUUCAAGACCAUGUGCUUAGUGGUCUGCUGUGCAUCAGUAGAACAUCAGUAGAUCUAAGAAUCUGUAAGCGAUUUGUAAGUGAUCGAAUCAUUUUCAUUGUUUUCCCAAACAUAUUAUGUAUGAUCCUUAAUGAUCCUUGAUUACUGCUGAUAUGUUCAUUGGCUGGUGAUGUUAUAAGAAUGAAUAAAUACUUUUUUUUUAAUGA